UCGGGCUCCAGCUUAUGUCAUAAAAGACCCUUACAAUACAAACCUAUCUCCGUCGGUGCUGCAGUAGAUUUUGGCAGGGUAAGGGAUAGGAGCAGCCUCCGCUUUGUAUUUAAAUAACCCACUCAUCAACGCUAGUCGGAAGCUUCAUUUCUCGUCCACAUAUAACACUGCAUCAACUUUUGAGUCACGAUGCAGCCUGCCGGAGUGCUAAUGGUCGGCAGCGUUCCCGGAGCCUCGCCGGAGGAGGUCUUCACGCGCUUAACUACUGCGCUCCCUGGCCGCCUGCAAGCCGUACCCGAUGGCGAGAUCGGCGAGCGGUUGAAUUACAUUGGAUGGCAACUGCAACGCUUUCCUCUCGUGGCCCGGCGAGCUGAACUAGGGGGGACACCGUUGCCUGAAUCUGGGUCUGGACUGCCGACCUUUACGCUUGCGGACAUCAAGCCAACAGGCUAUGAUGAGGUAGCGUUGUCGUCGUACACCGAGUUCAAACGACUCCGCCAGCAAAAUAUUAUCCCGCCAAAGGUCCGUUUUCAGAUCGGCCUGCCUUCACCGUACAACGUCUUGAUUGGCCAUCUAAAACCAGAGCUGGUAAAUGCGAUUGAGCCGUUAUAUGAACAACGUUUUGCAGAGACGAUUGAUCGUAUCGUCAAGGAUAUCCCUAGCGAUGAUGUAGUGAUUCAAUGGGACUUAUGCUUCGAAAUGAUGGCGCUUGAAUUCGAUCAGGGACGACUCACUGAUACGCGGCAUCAAGCCUAUUUUUCAUCACCCGGAGGCGUGCUACAGGGUCUUGUGGACCGUAUGGUACGUCUAUGCGAGAGAAUUCCAACAGACGUAAAACUUGCCUUCCAUCUCUGUUAUGGCGAUCUCCGGCACAUGCAUUUUAUUGAACCCCAGGAUACGUCACUCCUGGUCGAGCUCGCCAACGCCUUGCUCGCGUACGAGACUAUCGGCCCGCGAACUGAAUGGAUUCACCUGCCAGUGCCGAAAGAGCGGACGGAUUCUGAUUACUUCAAACCCCUGACCGGUCUCAAGCUGGAUAGUUAUCCAGGGUCAAAGCCGCCUUAUAUAUAUCUUGGUUUAGUACAUGCCAAUGACGAGGCUGGGACGAAGAAACGCAUCGAGACUGCACAAGCCAAUGUUUCAUUCCCAUUCGGCGUGGCGACAGAAUGCGGCUUAGGUCGGACUCCGCCUGAAGAGAUCGACAGCAUUCUACAGAUCUGUAAGGAGGUGACUGCAGAGCAUCCACAAGAGAAUCUAUAAGUAUGUGGUGCACGGCGAUGGGGGCAUCUGUGGAUUGCGACAGCCUUACAAGAUUUGCGGUAUCUUUUUAACAGUGUAUCAAAUGUACACGCUGGGGAAAUCGCAAAUAUCGAACUGAAAUUGAUUUUGUGAUUUUCGUGAGUUUAAGUUCUUUAAAUAAGAACAGAAAAGUAUUCAAUCAUUUAUUAAGAACUCGUUGAUAAAAAAGAGUGAUUGAUAUCUUUCAAAUUAAUAAAGAUGUUGAUGCCA